AUGCGAUCGCAGAGGGGCCCACCCCUUCGGUCUCCACGUCACAGCCCGACGAGCGGCAGCAAUAACGACGAACCAUCGUCGACAGUGUUGGAUCCGGCGCUAGCCGACCCGAUUCGACGCCAGGUUCAAUCAUGUCGAAAGGCUGACUUUCACGAAGUACUCGGCGGCACAAGCCACACUCCGUCCGUCUUGCGUCGUAUCCCGCUAUCUCCUCGUUGCGACGUCGACACAGCCCAGGCAUUUCGCGAUGCUGUGCGAGAAGACAUUGUAUUGAAUGGCGUUCAGUUUGUCGGGGACCACCGCACAGAAGCGUUCGUUGCCGCUGUCAAGCGCAUUGUGGAGAAGUACAUAUCAACGCCCAAAAAGUCAUUGCACGUGUCGGACCGUGUCAUGCGAAGCUGCUCUCGAACGCACAGUGGCGCAGACUCGUACUUUGCCCUCCAGGAACUAUUUGGCCACCCUGAUUUGCUCAUCAAACCACGGCAAGACCCGCCGCCGCCGCCACUGGACGUCACGCUGGGAGUUGAUCGGAAAGGGACGUUAAAAUGUAGAAUUUGCGCCGCCAACCUCUAUGGCCUGUAUCGACACGAUGACAUUGAGCAAGAGGUCGUUUAUGGGCGAACGGCGGUGGUGCCACCGUUUGUGCUCGUGGACACGGUGAUCGUCGAGGAAAUCAACUUUACCACCGACGUGGCCACGCGGUACCUGAGCGUCCGGUCACCAGUACCAGACGUGGACGUCCACUCGGAACUUCGCGAGUUGUUUUGA